AUGGAGAAUCUGGUAGCUUUGACUCUCGGGGCUCUUGCUGGAACUGGUAUUCAUCACAGUCUAUUCAUCAAUGGCGAAUGGCACAUCCAAGCACCAGCGGUUCUGGUCAGUCAUCUCGGCGCCUUCGGACUCAUUAUUUUGCUCUACAGUAUAGUCGCAUACUAUGGCACGGGUUAUUUGGUCGCGCUUUUCACUAGUAUCACCAUCUACCGGAUUUUCUUUCACCGGCUGUCGCACUUCGACGGUCCCUUCUGGGCGCGAGUGUCGAAGCUCUGGCAUGUGUGGAAGGUGCGCGACUCGAAGAACCAUAUCUUCCUGGCCGGGCUGCACGCUCAAUACGGGGACUUUAUCCGGACUGGCCCCAGUGAGAUCACGGUCGUCCACCCGGACGCUUUCAUGGUCCUCGAUGGGCCGCAAACCAAAUGUGUCAAGGCCGAAUGGUACGACCUGCUUCAUCCAGGACGCGCCCUGGUGACCACCCGCGACAAGAAGAUCCACGCCGCGCGCCGUCGGCAGUGGAAUCGCGGCUUUUCAUCUCGCGCCCUUGCCCAGUAUGAGAAGAAAGUUCUCUUCUAUCUCGGUCAAAUGGACGAAAUUAUCGAGGGAAAUGCCCGAACGGGGCAGGUCUGCGAGGUCACUGAUCUGUUCUACUGGUUCGGGUUCGACGCGAUGGGCGACUUUGUCUUCAACAAAUCGUUCGACAUGCUGCACAACCAGAAAUGGCACCACAUCGUGGUGAUCCUGCAGAAAGCGCUGGACCUUCUGGGCCCGAUGAGUCCGGUUCCCUGGCUCAUUCAGAUUGCGUUUCGAUUACUGCCCAGCUUCUGGCUGGUCAAGUACUGGUUCACAAUGGAGGCGUGGUGCGAGGAGCAGAUGCGGGAGCGUAUACAGAUGAAACUCUCCGACGACCCGACCCGCGUCCCCGACGUGGCGCACUACCUAAUCGAAGACCUCAAAGACCCCACCACUGCGACCGACGGCUGGACGUGGCUUGGGGGCGACAGCAUCCUGGCCAUCGUCGCCGGCAGUGAGCCCACGGCGGCGGUACUAAUCGGCCUCUUCUUUGAACUGGCCCGCCACCCCCAGGACGCUGAGGCUAUCAACGCCGAACUCCGCCAAAGCCGAGUCGAUAUCACCGACCCCGUUGCCCUCGCCAAAUUCUGUCCCCAUCUGGAAGCCUCCAUCACUGAAGCCCUGCGACUCUUCCCCGCACUUCCAACGGCGGGCCUGCGCAAGACGUUGGAUGAAGCGGUGGUGAUCGCAGGGACGGUCAUUCCCCCCCAUACCACCGUCGUCGCCCCGCGGUUUUUGAUCGCUCGGAGCGAGUAUUGCUUCGAGCGCGCAUCGGAGUUCAUCCCUGAUCGCUGGUACAGGAAGCCCCAAAUGGUGAGGAAUAAGGCUGGGUACAACCCGUUCGGCAUCGGUCACAACAGCUGCCUCGGCAAAACGCUCGCAACGGAUUAUCUUCGCCUCGUCACCGCCCGGCUCGUGGGCAAGUACCAUUUACGCUUCCCGGAGGGGGAGACAGGCGAUGCGGUGUUGGCCCACUUGCGGGAUCGCUUCGCCUCCAAUCCGGGACGGUUGAGGUUGAGGCUGGAUUUAAGGGAGGAUGCAGUUUGCUAG